GAAGUCACUGUUACUCCAUGUUUACGGAAGACGCGUCAAGAAAUUCACCCAUGGAUUAGUCCCUCACUGCACAUCAGUUACUGAAUUUACCUUUGGAGGUAUUUUAUUUAGGUUUUGUGUUUUGUUUUAGCCUAUUAUUAUAGAUAAGGACACUCUCCGUAAUGUGGGACCAUGAAAUCAGGGCCAUGGCGUCCACUCACGCCAUCAUCGCCGCAUCAGUGUUCAUGGCGACCGUCCUACCUGCGGUGUUAGUGCCGGGCUUCUCGGUGUACGGCACACACCUGCUGUGGCUCUACUCGGUGUCCGGUGCCAUCACCGCGGUCAGUGUCGCCGUCUUCUGGCUGCUCGGCAUCACACCGCCCGCCAAGAAACACACACUGGGAUACAAGCUGUCGAGGUUGUUCCGUUCCUGUCUGUACUUCUUCCUGUCAUGUCUGUUCUUCCACACUGUGGUGGUUCUCUAUGGAGCUCCGCUGAUUGAAUCUGCAUUAGAGACAUUCUCCCUGGCUGUGCUGCUGACCUCUCUAACCACACUGAGGUGUCUCUGCGUCCUCGGCCCCAAUGUUCAAGCCUGGAUACGAGUAUUCAGUCGGCAUGGAGCUAUGUCUGUGUGGGACACCUGUCUUCAGAUUACGGUGGCCUGCACUGUGGUAGGAGCCUGGUUGGGAGCGUUCCCUAUACCUCUGGACUGGGACAGGCCUUGGCAGGUUUGGCCCGUUUCCUGCAGUCUGGGCGCUAUGAUUGGUUUCUUGACUGGGCUUGUUGCUGCUCCUACAUGGAUUCACUAUCACCGCAAGCAGCUCACAUACAAGUGCAAGUGAUGGACAGGAGUAUGUUUGUGUGAAUGUGAACCCAGGAGUACUUCUUGUAAUUGUGUUGUGUUACUUCUACUUUGUGCUGAUUCUUAUUUAUUUGGGACAUUCACUGUUUGCUACAUAUAGGAAAGAUGAUUUUGUAAUAACACAACACUUACUUUAUGAGCAUCAUUAUUUUAUAAGCGUGGAAGCUGAUUGUGCCAUCCUGAAGAUUUUUGACAUGAAUAAAUUCUUUCACAGUG